AGUAGCCUGCCGGUGUGCACCGCGUUUGGGUGGCUUGUCGCAUUGACGUACAUUGACUGGUAGCCGUUGCGUCGAAUCGACUUGCGUGAUUUGCAGUGUUCUAAAGAUGGAUUGAGGACCAUAUAGGAUAUACAACCGUGUACCGCGUGUGAUAUAGUGUAAUAAAAAUUCCCAGGAUCAUACUCAUUGUCUCCUGGCAACUAUCAUCUACUGUCAGUGAAAUGAAAUUCAAAGUGUCCUGUGAGUAUCCUGACAGAAGAAGUGUUUAAUAAGAAACCUUGUCCCAUGAGAUCUGUCAAAUAUAAAAUUCCACAUAAAGCAUUCAUCAAGGAUCAACGCUGGUUCCAGGAGAAGAUUUUAACUUGGACGAACAGUAGAGAAUUGACGUGCCUGGUGAAUUGGAGCCCGUUCUUGCAGCCACGGUCAUAGGUCACGCGGUGUCUCGAAUGUCGAAUACUUGAGGAAAAAUUGAAACUCCACCGUGGAAAGUAUCCUAAUAGAAGUAGUAGAUAUUAGAAGAGUUGUCAGUCGGUCGGGCACAAGAUGACCGACCAUCCUGAUGCUCAUCCUGCUUCCGAGGAGUGCUCACCCAUGAAUGUAGAGGAUAACGAUGAUGAGCCGUCCAACUUUCAAAAUAGAAUUAAAAAAAGGAUGAAACGACCUAAGUGCAAACUCAAUUCAGAUGGAUACAUAAACCUCCAGGAUAUCUUACUCUCCUUCAAUGGACCUAUCAGUCAGGAACAGGCGUGGGCUCUGUGCUACCAGGCUGCCAAGAGCUUUUCGUGUUUGCCUCGCAGAGAGUAUCAGGAACUUUCUGAGCUCUCUCAGAUACUUUUACAUAAGGACGGGAAUAUCUUAGCUGAUUGUAAGACCGGCUCCGAGGAUGCUCCGGUGUCCGAAAGGAAGUUAGUCUUCUCCCUGGGUAUGAUGGUUUACGAGGCUUUGGACUUUGGGGUAGCUGAAAAGGAAGAGAGGCCCCUGUCUUCGGAUUUGGAAGCUCUCAUCACAUUGAUGACACAUUUUGGCGAGGAGUCGGAAUUGGAUAACGAUGAACGGCUCCAGGAAACCGACGACGAGGGAAUCGAGCGGGACUCUGGUGAAAGUGAACUGGAUGAGCUCCUAUUGCACAGAAACACAGACGUGUAUGGAGUUAAUAGAACCAGCGUCUGCUCCUUAGAGAGCGUACUUAGACUAUGCACAAAACACAUGCAAGGUACUAACGAGCAGGCGGAUGUCCAUUAUCGUGCUGUCAUUCGUGCACUGGUAGCCGAGGCGCUGGAGCUCUCACAGUUCUUGGAGAAGGUCGCUAUUGAGAAGAAACGUACAAUCUUCGGUGACGGUAUUGAUGUGGAUGACACGAGAGACGGCACAGUGUCGACGCAACCCUUGCACGCUCUAGACUUCAAAGAUUGGACUGAUGUUAGGAUUUGGCGAGCUAUACAAGCUAGAUUCUGGGUGCAGGUGAUAGGCGAGCUCAGAAGGGGAGUGAAGCUGAAGAAGGUGGAAGCUGGCUUAGGAAAACGGGGCUCAAUUCGAGGUCUUGGUAGAGGAGCUGAGUUCGAAUUAACUCCGUAUGAAAUCCUGAUGGAUGACAUCCGUGCCCGGCGUUACCGUCUUCGUAAAACUCCCACGCCAUCCCCACAACUUCGAAAGGACGCCCAUGCCGUUAUUCUCGAGUUUAUACGAAGCAGACCGCCCUUGAAGAAAGUAUCCGAGAGGAAGUUACCGCCUCUCAAGAAGCAGUGCACACCGCGAGAACUUCUUAUGGAGAGCAUAAAGAGGCCGCCUCGUCCUUUAAGACCGUCUCAUGGCGCUGCUAACGGCAGACUACAGCAGUGCGAUCUUCAGGAAGCUUCAAAAAGAUACGAUCAUGCUCAGGAAAAUGCUAACGGAAAGGAGAAUAGUUCAGCCAUCACGCCAAAAUCUUUACGACGGGGAUCAGCCGAUCUUAGCCAUGCAGUUCUCAGACAACCCAGGCGGUUGAUACCCGUUGACUUUGAUCUCAAGCUCGACGGAGGCGAGGAAGAGGAGGACGAGGAUGAGGAAUUCGUGGUGACGAGGUUUGAGGAUGAAGACGAGGCAGCGAAUUACUGGCAAUCUAAGGGAGAGCUGGAGGGCAAACGUUUGGAGGGCAAUCGACAGGAUGACGAGGAUGACAAGGAAUCUGCAAAUCCUUGGCGAAAAACCGGUGGCUUGCGUCUUACCAGGAACGAAUAUCAUCGUUUCUGUGAUGCGCAACUUGAAUCAUACGACCUAGCGACACAGUGCCCAUCGAGAAGAGCUUCUGCCCGGAAGCACGCGACAGUGACGAACCUUAGCCUGUCUUCGUUCGUUUCUGGUACUACGUCACUUCCGCAUUCAAGACCUCAUAGCCGUCAGCACCGACACGAAGGCAUGACUGGUACCAUGAACUUAAGCCCUGGUCCCAGUCCGGGGUCUAGCUUAGGUCCAAGUCCAACAGUAAGUCCACGACCACGGGCAAGACCCAGGUCGAAGCCUAGUGGAAGCAUUGAGGAUAAAUCUAACGAAGAUCAAAAUGCCGAAUGGCAGAAGGAGUCAGCAGACGAGCAAAAGCCAUCGUUGGGCGACAUGUUCCUGGAUGAACGGCUGUCCCUAACGUUAGAGGAGAUCGUGCACAUUCGUAGCGUGCUCACAAAAGCCGAAUUGGAGUCUCUUCCUGUGGAAGGUCGUGUAAAGGAAGAUGUGGAGAAGAGACGAGUGUGCUUUCUGUGCUUAAAGACUAGGUUCGGAUUGCUGGGACCAUGGGGACAGCGUUGUCGUCUCUGCGAGAGGACCGUAUGCGUUAAAUGUUACUCUAAGAUGCGAAUUCCUACGGAGCACUUUUCCCACGUACCGGUAGUACUCUUAUCGCCCGGACUUCUUCUCUCACCGUCUUCAUCAGAGCCUGACUCUGGAACUCGGAGUCCCUGGCUCAGACCUGCCGGAGGAGUUGGUUCCGCACCUGCUUCACCGGCUGCCAGGAGGCGGAAUUCCGCAAUGCGAACUUCUACGCCAAGCUCCACUCCUAUGAUCACUCCAGCCGGUACGCCCACACCGGCUGGGACACAGACACCACCUCCUAACGGUCGACGGGAUGAUGAUCCCGGAUCUGUCGAUAAAAGAGGUUACAGGAGUGCCGGAAGUCCUGCCAAACUAUCGACAACGGCUGCUUUCAAUGACCUCGGUGGGCUCAGCGCUGAACAACGACUGGCUGCUGAGCGUCUACGAGGUGUCGCGAUGGUCGUAUGUCAUGACUGUCGCAUUAUGGUAAUUCAGAUCAUCAAGAGUUCAAGAACGACUCGUGCUACUAUACGCAACAACGUUAUUUCACGGCUUACCCUAAAUCUAUCACCUGUGUACGUGUAAGCACCAAUCCCGGUGAGUCAGGUAUCGACAAUGCAUCGUCACACCCAAGAUAGAGUAUCUCCUACCUCAGGUUGUCCCAUAUUCGAUGCCUGAUAUGUAAUGUCGCUGGAAUGGAUAUUCAUUCCACUAUAUAGAUUUUCGCGACACAUGUACCGAGGUCGGCCUAAUCUAAGUAGACAGUUUAAUCCUAGGAUGCAUGACGCGUCCAGAUAAAUAUUCUUGGUCACAUAAAGCGCUCCUUUAAAGUAAAAGAAAAUGAACAACAAAAAACACGAUAUCCCCACUGUUUCCGUGAGACAGAAGAUACGAAUUUAUAAUUUUUCUGUUUUAGGAAAGUAUACAAAUUAUCUUACGGCACCAGCAUACGUAUAUAUUUUGCAAUUAACGUUCGAUUGUUGUUCUUCUUCGACUAAUUAGUAUAGAAUAAGUAGCGAAAAGACAGCAACACACAAAAAAGGAGAAAAUAAAGUACGCACCUAAGGUCGGGCUUCGUACGUUUAUGGUCGAGUGACUUAUGUGUGCUCACAGGCUAAAUUAGGAUGUUAAUUGUAUUUUUCAUUCCAUAUCGGAUUUUGUUUUCGAAAUCCGCGAUUAGAUAAUUCUGUAGAAAUUGUAUAAAAGAUCGUGAUAGGGUGGGUAAGGGAUGGGAUCGGGAUAGGGGGGACCGCAUUAUUUGGUCUCCUUGUGCUCUUUGGAUGCAAAUACGUGGGAUAUGAUAUUUUUGGAAAACAUUGUUGGCCAUUAAUGUCAAUGUCGAGUCUUUAUGAUAUAUGGUGCGAAGGUGGUACGAAGAGUUGACGGACAUUCUUUAUUUUCGUAUAGCGAGAUUCCGGGUAGGCGGGUAUAAGCGGUUAUAUAGACACUAUAUUAUAUUGUAGGAUGUAAGCGAAGGCGUAAAGUCCUUCCACGAUUACCGAUUACUAAUAACAAUGAUGAUAUCUCGGGUUCAUGAUAAAAAUAAUCGUAAAAGUACAUUCUCUCGUUAUAUAUAUAUAUAUAUAUAUAUAUAUAUAUUGUGUAUAUACAUAUGUACACAUCCACUCAACAAUUUACGCAGGCACAUAGGGAUUUUGUAAGAGGUUGUGAAAAAUAUUAGUAAAAAUAGUGCGAAAGAGAAUAAACGUCGAUCCGUGUAUAGAGUGUAGGUAUAUGUGUGUAUAUAGACAUAUAUAUAUAUAUAUAUAUAUAUUUAAUUAUUAAAGAUCAAUAAUGUUGGACGGGUCUCUAAACGAUAAUUGUUACUCGUUUGAAAUAUCAUCAAAUGGUUAUGGAUGUAAUUAUAUCUAUAGCAGUAUCGCGCUAUCUGUAUUAUUAGGACGUUUAGGAUCGCCCUGAUAAUGUUAAAUAUGAUGAUUAUUAAUCAGGUUGAGACGAGGACCUUUGUGGAGGUGUUUUUUGUUUAUUCGUCUGAACUGUGGUUGAACUGUCCUUAAGAAACUUACUGAUGCAAGGAAAACUGAUAGUUUCACUCUCUAGUUUCAUUUCAUAUUUAUAUUAUUCAUCAGUUACAAGUAUUCAUUACCUUGCAAGCAACUAAUAGGAAUCAUUAUUGCAUAAAUACUUAAGUACAUUCGUGAGGUCUAUUGCGUAUACUGGGAUUAUUAAUCAAUUAAAUCAUUGCAGUGGAAGCUAAUGAGGCAUUCUAAUUAGUGUUAAAUAUUUUCCCAGAUUAGUGGGGACUAUUGUCACUUUGAAACAGUCCUCAAAGAAAUUAUUCUAUCAGGUAAUCAGUAGUCAGACACAAUGUAUGUUAUGAGAAGUUUUAAUUGAUAUUAGUUUGACCACAAGCAUUGUUUUUUUCUGUUAGGUAUUCAUCGUCAUUUGAUAAUUUAUUUGAAUUGUUUAAUGGUGUUGAUUUAUUAAUUCCACCGAAAAUGUGUCACCAAACAUUAAUACUAACAACGAAUUAGAAUGGCCACUGGAGCUGAAUCAAUAAAGUGAAACACUGGAAAAUGUGGGGGAAUGUGUAUUGAGUUAGAUUUCAGUGGUUUGAAUUCUAUUCUACAUACAUAUGUCGUACAGUAGAUUAACGAAUUUAACUCUUACUUAAUCUUGUUAUCUUGUUAAUUGUAGAAUUUGUAUUCUCAAUAUGAUAAGUUAUGAUCAAUUGUAAAAUAUUUAAUUUGUCACACAGUCCUUGUAUAGUACAGGUGUAGCGCGUUUGCUAAUUUAUUAUUCUGUAAAGGAGUUCAAUAACUCUGUCAAUAGUCUCUUCGUGCCCACUUGUUUUGUACAAAUAUAAUGUCAAACAUGUACAUCCAUAUACUUGUACAUACAUAACGUAGUACCUUAUGCCAACAAUGUAAUUGUAUAGUAAUAUUUAAUUGAGACUUGUUUCUAUUCAGUAACACGUCACUAAUAUGAUCCUGAAUAUUAUUUAUUUUUUUGUAUGUAAUCUAUUGAAAAAUAAAUGAAUUAUCUAUAAGCAUGUUAAAAACUGCUGUAAAUAUAUUAAAGUUGUAAAAAUCA